AUGAAGCUCUCCAAAUUUCUGAUAGCGGCCUUAGCCAGUACCGCCAGCGCAACGAACAAAGACAAGCCUAAUGAGGUAGACGCCCUAGCUGCCGAAAGUCUACAUCGAAUGCAGGCCUACUACUCAGAGAACCCAUUACCGAACCCAGGAACAUGCACACUGGAUAACGUAGCCGUUCGUCGAGACUGGUCAGCCUUGAGUAAACACGAAAGGCGCAGCUACAUCAAAGCCGUAAAAUGCCUAGCGAAACUGCCAGCAAAGACACCCGCAGCCAUCGCCUCAGGAGCAAAAAGCCGAUACGAUGACCUUGUGGUUACCCACAUCCUGCAAGCGUUUACAAUUCAUGGCACGGCCAACUUUUUAACUUGGCACCGCUACUAUACGUGGGCUUUCGAGCAGAUGCUGAGGAAUGAAUGCGGGUACAAAGGGUAUCAGCCUUACUACAAUUGGGGCCACUGGGCAGACAACCCAAAAGCCUCACCCUUCUUCGACGGCAGCGACACCAGCAUGUCAGGAGACGGCGCAUACAUCGCAAACAGAACUUCAGUCUGUUUCCCAUCAACCGAACAGUGCUACAUCCAGCUUCAACCCGGAAGUGGAGGCGGUUGCGUAACAUCUGGUCCAUUCAAAGACUGGAAGAUCAACCUCGGCCCCCUCGCCGCCGUCUCCCUCCCCCCACCCACCCCCAACCCCCAGCCCGACGGCCUGGGCUACAACCCACGCUGCCUCUCCCGCGACAUCUCCCUCCAAUCCUCUGCCGAAACCCGGGACUCCGUCGUCGCCGCCCUAAUCAAAGACAACACCACCAUCACAUCCUUCCAAACCGUGCUCGGCGGCGAAUUCGCCCAAGGCAAAAUGGGUCCUCACGUUGGCGGCCACAACACCAUCGGCGGUGACGCAGGUUCCGACUUCAUCAAUUCGCCUGCGGAUCCUGCGUUCUUUGCGCAUCAUGCUAUGGUUGAUCGUGUGUAUUGGACGUGGCAGAAUAUGGAUUUGGAGGCGAGGAAGGAGGCGAUUGCGGGUGGGACGAGUGGGGUGGGGGAUCCAGGGGAGGCAGGGACGUUGGAGGAUGUUAUUACGCUGGGGGCGUACGUUGGGGUUGGGAAUGUGACGAUUAGGGAGGCGAUGAGUACGGUUGGGGGGCCGUUCUGCUAUGUUUAUGCUUAG